UUGGCCAUACUUCUCCAGAAGUCUACAUUUUUAUGACUUUUUACACAUUUUAAAUGGGGUUGUGGAAGAAAGUACUCAUUGGGGGUGGCAUCACUGCUCUUAUUACUUUAAUCCUCGCCUUGUCAUUGGGACUGACUCUCGGUCAGACGAAAAUUAAAUCUACAUUUUUCUCUAGGUGUGAGAAGUUUAAAGAACAUGACUGUCUAAAGUUAUGGGAUCUCUUUGAGAAGGCCUAGGUGAACAAGGAUCCAUGUAACGUUCCAAUGGAAGCUUAUAAUCCCCGAUUGCUGCAGCCCCCUUCAAACCUCAGUGCAACAAAGUGAUGUUCUGGAGUGACAUGAAGGAUGUGGUCCAUGGUUUAACUGCGAAGAGAAAGGAUUGUUUUGUCACUUUGGAGGACACUCUGUUGGGAUCUGUCCUGGAUGGUCUGAUGUGGUGUGGAAAAGAAGGCAAAAACGGUACCUUCUCUAAUGGGUGCCCCGAAUGGUCAGAGUGUGAAGACAACCCUGUUCGUUCAUUUUGGAGAAGUGCCUCUGCUGCUUAUGCAGAUGCUGCCUGUGGUGAUGUCACGGCAAUGCUAAGCGGGUCCACCACCACACCAUUUGAUCCUACAAGUAUUUUUGCAAGCAUUGAGGUGAUGAGGCUUAAAGCCCUUAGGGUCAGUAGCCUGAAUGUUGUUAUGGCCUUGAAGAAGAACACCAAAUCAGACUGUACAAAUGCAUCCUUGAAGAAAUUACAGAAUCAGUUAGAUCCAAACGUAACAUACACCUGCAAAGACGUGGCUGAACAUCGGGUUGAGCAAUGCGGGUCCCAACCAGAGAUAACGUGUGGAGCCUGCUGGUGAAGAUGUCUGAUUAUAUCAGACACAACACAAUACCACUGAGUAUUUUUGUACAUGUGAAAUAUAU